CCAUAAAUAAAUAAUGACUCUGUUUAAUGCUCUACUGGUGCGCAUAUUAAAUAAGAAAAGGACUCGGAUCAAUAUCACUACCCGUGUUGCCGAAGUAACCAGUAACCACCAAACCAACCAGUGAGUGAAAUGAAUGGGGUGAUGAGUCAUAGCAGCCAGCGAUGGGCUUCGGGCGUAACGCAAUUGCCCACUAGUCUACCAAUACAUGAUCAUCUGAUUCUUGCUUUUGCUUAGAAAUAGGAUAAAACUUAGCUAAUCCCAUUUGUUAUAUUCUCUUUUACACUUUCGUCAUUGGCUCUCAACGCCUCCAUUACCACAGUUCCAAUCCCCAGGUGCGAGAGUUCCAUCUUCCUUUGCUGCAACAGUGUAAAAUUUGGUUUCUAUCUUUGUUUUUAAUUUCUGGGUGUUUAUGGUUUUGCCCGGUGGGAGGAAUCUUUUAAGAGCGCCGUGAAUUGGUUGGUGGGUGAGGGUCUUUUGGACGGCAGUUUGGCACCAGAUGCUGAAAGACACGGGCGGUGAUGGUGACGUUCCUGACCUGGAGAACCAGUCGGCCAACGCCAACGCCAACGCCAACAAUGGUGAUCAAACUCCCGGACCCUCUGCAAAGCUGUCAACUGCUUUGGACACCGCUAAGGAAGAGCAACUGUCUCCUAAAAAACCAUAUUUGUCCAGGACUGCAAGUUCUGUGGAGCUAUGCAGAGUUUGUCAGCAGGAGAAAGAAGAAGUUCUAAUAGAACUUGGGUGCCACUGUCGAGGUGGUCUUGCCAAAGCCCACCGAUCAUGCAUAGAUACUUGGUUUUGUACAAGAGGGUCAAACAAAUGCGAGAUAUGCCAACAGAUAGCUGCAAAUGUGCCACCUCCAGUUUUACAGACCAGUCAGACAAAUUACUGGGUUUGGAGGAUUGAUCCAAACUUUAGACAUCAGGAUCGUGAAAGUGGAUGUAUUAGUCCACUUUGGGUGGCAUUUUCAAUCCUCAUUGGUGGUCUUCUGUUGGAUGUGCUGAUAUCCAUUACCCUUGGUAUCUCGGCACUGCCAGUCAACAUUAUUAUCGGUGUUAUUAUUGUGCUCGGACUUGGGACUGCACUGCGACUUGUUGUUGAUGUCUUCCAUGAGUGGAGUUUGAGAAGAGUGGUGGUGCAAAGGGUGGAAGCAAAUGUGAAUCUUGGUUACCAUCCUGCUUUAUAGGUAAAUUUCUGUAUAAAGAAAUCUACAACUUACAAUUCACCUCUUAAUUUGUUGGAUACUGUGAAUUGUUGAUGUUGUUUUUUGAUUUGCGAGGGAACCUUUGUUAGUUCAUAUUUUGGUGCACCAUGGUGCAAUGGGGAACAUUUAUUGUUCUUUUGAAUUUGUUGAAACUUUUCAUUUAUGUUCGAAAUGAAAAUACUUCCUUUUGA